GUCCCCUUCCUCGUCUUUUCCCCUCAGGAGAAGUCGGGAAGGUGGCGGCGGUGGCGGUUGUCCCGGCCGGGCCGGUUGGUGUGGCCCGUCAGCCCGCGCACCGCAGCGCCUGCGCCGCGUCGAGCCCAGCAGAGCCAAGCCGCGGCGGCCAGGUCCGGCGCGGGCGGCGCGCGCUGACGGAGGGCGGCGGCCGCGGCCAGGGCGGCCCGUGGGACCGCGGGCCCCCGGCGCAGCGCCGCCCGGCUCCCGGCCCUGCCGGCCUCCUCCCUCGGCACAGCGGCCAUGGCGGCCAGCGCGAAGCGGAAGCAGGAGGAGAAGCACCUGAAGAUGCUGCGGGACAUGACCGGCCUCCCGCACAACCGAAAGUGCUUCGACUGCGACCAGCGCGGCCCCACCUACGUGAACAUGACGGUCGGCUCCUUCGUGUGUACCUCCUGCUCCGGCAGCCUGCGAGGAUUAAAUCCACCACACAGGGUGAAAUCUAUCUCCAUGACAACAUUCACACAACAGGAAAUUGAGUUCUUACAAAAACAUGGAAAUGAAGUCUGUAAACAGAUUUGGCUAGGAUUGUUUGAUGAUAGAUCUUCAGCAAUUCCAGACUUCAGGGAUCCACAAAAAGUGAAAGAGUUUCUACAAGAAAAAUAUGAAAAGAAAAGAUGGUAUGUCCCACCAGAACAGGCCAAAGUCGUGGCAUCAGUUCAUGCAUCUAUUUCAGGGUCCUCUGCCAGUAGCACAAGCAGCACACCUGAGGUCAAACCACUGAAAUCUCUUUUAGGGGAUUCUGCCCCAACACUGCACUUAAAUAAGGGCACCCCUAGUCAGUCCCCAGUUGUAGGUCGUUCUCAAGGGCAGCAGCAGGAGAAGAAGCAGUUUGACCUGUUAAGUGAUCUUGGCUCAGACAUCUUUGCUGCUCCAGCUCCUCAGUCAACAGCUACAGCCAAUUUUGCUAACUUUGCACAUUUCAACAGUCAUGCAGCUCAGAAUUCUGCAAAUGCAGAUUUUGCAAACUUUGAUGCAUUUGGACAGUCUAGUGGUUCGAGUAAUUUUGGAGGUUUCCCCACAGCAAGUCACUCUCCUUUUCAGCCCCAAACUACAGCAUUUAGAAUGCUUUCAUCUAGCUGCAGUUUUGGUGAAUUUACUUCAGCUUUUCCUCUUCAGGCUACCCACAGUGGAAGUGCUACAUCAGUAAAUGCUAAUUUUGCUCAUUUUGAUAACUUCCCCAAAUCCUCCAGUGCUGAUUUUGGAACCUUCAAUACUUCCCAGAGUCAUCAAACAGCAUCAGCUGUUAGUAAAGUUUCUACGAACAAAGCUGGUUUACAGACAGCAGACAAAUAUGCAGCACUUGCUAAUUUAGACAAUAUCUUCAGUGCCGGGCAAGGUGGUGAUCAGGGAAGUGGCUUUGGGACCACAGGUAAAGCUCCUGUUGGUUCUGUGGUUUCAGUUCCCAGUCAGUCAAGUGCAUCUUCAGACAAGUAUGCAGCUCUGGCAGAACUAGACAGCGUUUUCAGUUCUGCAGCCACCUCCAGUAAUGCGUAUACUUCCACAAGUAAUGCUAGCAGCAAUGUUUUUGGAACAGUACCAGUGGGUGCUUCUGCACAGACACAGCCUGCUUCAUCAAGUGUGCCUGCUCCAUUUGGAGCUACGCCUUCCACAAAUCCAUUUGUUGCUGCUGCUGGUCCUUCUGUGGCAUCUUCUACAAAUCCGUUUCAGACCAAUGCCAGAGGAGCAACAGGCCUUUCUGGAGCAAUGCAUUCUCAAGUGUUUCCUCACGCUCAUUUUGCGGCAACCUUUGGCACUGCAUCCAUGAGCAUGCCCACGGGAUUUGGCACUCCUGCUCCCUACAGUCUUCCUACCAGCUUUAGUGGCAGCUUCCAGCAGCCUGCCUUCCCAGCCCAAGCAGCUUUCCCUCAACAGACAGCUUUUUCUCAACAGCCCAAUGGUGCAGGUUUUGCAGCAUUUGGACAAACAAAGCCAGUGGUAACCCCUUUUGGUCAAGUUGCAGCUGCUGGAGUAUCUAGUAAUCCUUUUAUGACUGGUGCACCAACAGGACAAUUUCCAACAGGAAGCUCAUCAACCAAUCCUUUCUUAUAGCCUUAUAUAGACAAUUUACUGGAACGAACUUUUAUGUGGUUACAUUACAUCUCUCCACCUCUUGCACUGUUGUCUUGUUUCACUGAUCUUAGCUUUAAACACAAGAGAAGUCUUUAAAAAGCCUGCAUUGUGUAUUAAACACCAGGUGAUAUGUGCAAAACCGAGGGCUCCAGUAACACCUUUUAACCUGUGAAUUGGCAGAAAAGGGUAGCGGUAUCAUGUAUAUUAAAAUUGGCUAAUAUUAAGUUAUUGCAGAUACCACAUUCAUUAUGCUGCAGUACUGUACAUAUUUUUCUUAGAAAUUAGCUAUUUGUGCAUAUCAGUAUUUGUAACUUUAACACAUUGUUAUGUGAGAAAUGUUACUGGGGAAAUAGAUCAGCCACUUUUUAAGGUGCUGUCAUAUAUCUUGGAAUGAAUGACCUAAAAUCAUUUUAACCAUUGCUACUGGAAAGUUACAGAGUCAAAAUUGGAAGGUUUUAUUCAUUCUUGAAUUUUUCCUUUCUAAAGAGCUCUUCUAUUUAUACAUGCCUAAAUUCUUUUAAAAUGUAGAGGGAUACCUGUCUGCGUAAUAAAGCUGAUCAUGUUUUGCUACAGUUUGCAGGUGAAAAAAAUAAAUAUUAUAAAAUAUGCUAUUGUUUUUGUGUUCUUGCUGCAAUGCCUUUACCAAAGUGGCCUUAAAUAUGAGUAGUGAAUUGAGAACAUCUUGAAUUCUUAAAAGACUUCUUAGUGACUUUUUAUAAAAAGGCCAUGUAGAAAAUUUAUUAAAACUAUGACUGCUACAUUCAGGAAUAUGUCAGUGGUAAAGCAUUUAAAUGUAGCUUGUCAGAUUAUCCAUAAUCCUUCUAAUUUCUUUGCAGCUUAUUAAUUUUGUGAAAUUUGUAUAUAUGAAGAAUUUGCAUGUAUGUGUAUUUACAAAUUUUUCUAAGUAUCUUUAAUUCUCAGACUGCAAAAGGCCUAUUUUAACUAUUGAUUUUUUAAAAAACAAUAUUGUCUUUGAAUGUAUUGGAAGUAGACAUGCAUUAACUGUGACAUUAUUGCACCUCAGUUUUCUUCUUUUUUUGGGCAAACGAUAUUAUAUCUAGGAUAUUUGUUUAUGUUUGUUUUUUAGGGGAAAGAAACUGGAACUCAGUGUUACCUUGAAGUUAUGGGAUACUUUGUUUAAAAAGGCAAAGAUACUAAGUUUAGUAUGCAACUCAGAAACUUGGAGUAGUUUUUUUAAGAAUGCCUCUGAGCAACCCAUAUAAAUCACAGAGUCUGUGUGUUAGAGCUUAUGCAUUUGUUUUUAUGAGAGAUUUUAAUAAACUUGAUUAUUUGCUUGUCCAGACUGUAGCAUAUUAGCAGUUUAGAAGGGAUGGCUUGCAAGGAAGGCAACUGGGAAAAAAAACUCUGAGGAGCAUACACUGUCCAAGGCCAUUAGUGUAAGAACCACUAGCCAGCCUAGAGGACAUCACUAUACUACAUCAUCUGAUGAUUGGUCUUUACUGUGCCUCUAGGUAAUCAAGGUAAUGAAGGUGAAAUUGCAUACACAGAUAUGUGGUACAUGUUUUAAAAGUUUUAUCUUGAAUUGAUUAAAACUUUUUAAAAAGCUUUGGUAUUCAAAGAGGUAAACGUCAAUUUCCUCAAACAUUUUAUUCAUGUUGAAUGCCUUUUGCAAUGAUGACUGAGUUGUUAUCAUAGUAUUUUAAAAUCUGUAUGGUGUUUUAGACUUGUUAAAACAUUGCUGUCCAGUGUACAUCUAGCUGAAAGUGUGGUUUAUCUGAACCGUUUUAAUAAGCAAGAUGUCUGGGAAAUCUCUGCCCCUUUUCUGAGCAGUAUGCCUUUUCUUUUAGAAUUAAAUGAAUGCUUCACAGGUCCAGGUGUGUGUCGAAGUAGACUUGAAAUGUCUCUACAUUUUGGGGGACUUCCUCAGCCCUUUUUAUUGAGGGAAACAAUAUUUGAAUUUCUGUUUUAGAUUGUAUCGGGUCCCAGUUGAUUCAUGUGUACCAAGUUAUACUACCUAAUUAUAGCCAUUACCCAAAUAACCUACCAGGCUUUCCUUCUGAGUAGUAAAUUAAAACAGUUGUUAUCAACAUAA